AGUCUCACCUUGCACUCACAACUCAGCUUGACAACCUUGCAGGACCCACCUUAACCCUACAAGGCUCCCAUAUCUGCUCCGGCGUCCAUUCAACCUACCAGCCCACCCACCGGACGAUCAACCAUGGUGUCAAUGGGACGCCAAAUGCUUGGCUUCUGCCUGGCCAUCAUCGGCGCAGUCGGGACCAUCAUCGUCUGCGCUCUGCCCAUGUGGAAGGUGACCGCCUUCAUCGGGGCCAACAUCAUCACGGCGCAGGUCAUCUGGGAGGGCCUGUGGAUGAACUGCGUGGUCCAAAGCACGGGGCAGAUGCAGUGCAAGAUCUACGACUCGCUGCUGCAGCUGCCGCAGGACCUGCAGGCCGCCAGAGCGCUGGUGGUCGUCUCCAUCAUCGCCGGGGCCUUCGGGGUGCUCCUGGGCAUCGCCGGGGGCAAGUGCACCAACUUUGUGGAGGAAGAGCGGGCCAAGUCCAGGGUGGCCAUCGCCGCCGGGGUAAUCUUCAUCAUCGCCGGCGUGCUCGUCCUCAUUCCCGUGAGCUGGUCGGCCAACACCAUCAUCCAGAACUUUUACAACCCCAUCCUCACCAACCCCCAGCGGAGGGAGAUGGGGGCCGCGCUGUACAUCGGCUGGGCCUGUGCCGGCCUGCUGAUCCUGGGAGGGGCCCUUCUUUGCAGCUCCUGCCCCCCCAAAGAGGACGCGCCGGAGUACCCAGUGAAGUACUCCCAGGCCCGAUCCAACGCCACCAGCCGGGCCUACGUCUAAGGACGCCACGCUUAAAGACAAUUCAGAGAAGCUAUUUAAUUAAGAUAUAUACACCUUCGUGACCUUUGUGGCUCUGGAACAGGUCCAGGACAACACUGACCUUUCAAAAUGGGACAUGUGAUUUCCUAUCUCUGUGACGAAAGAGAAUGAUUGUUCAGAGGACGACGCAACUGUUGGGGGUUUGAUCGGGCCCCCAAAGGGUGGGAAACCUAACCGACUGCGACGAGAGCCAUGCUAUGCUACCUGUGUACUUAAUAUACAAUACACACAUGUUGGACUUGUUUGAUUUUAAAACCAACGUCUGUGACAACUGUGAUGAAGAAAUUGUCUUUCUUUGGUUAAGAAUUGUAUGUACAUAUUGUUUGACUUUUACUAAUGUUAUAUUGCUAUCAUUCACAAGUCCAUUGUGUUUUGUAUACAUGCAUAUCAUACUGUUUAUUUUUUAUUAAAAAAUCUUUCAUUCACCCAA